GUAUACACCAGAAUUCACAGAAAUGGAAAGGCAUUUGCUGAAUAUCCAGUGGGGUUGCGGAAGUACCGUCUGCUAACACCAUUAAGUAUCGCAAACAGAUCCCUGCCUGGUGUGGGAAUGUGCAAAACACGCAGUUCUACUGAUACUCGGCUUCUAUCAAACAUCAGUUUAGCUGUAGGGAACCACACGCUGGCUCCCAGUGCCUUACGUGGUUUCUGAGGUGGUUUCUGUGCAAAAUCUGUACGUAUGUGCAGAAGAGCAAAUUGCUGUAAAUCAUCUAUUAAAAUGAGAGGUAGUGACUUUUGAUUUAAGCCAUUUUUUUUUUUUGUUGAUGUAUUCCUGAGGAAAGAUCUAUUGUCAGUAUGGACAAAAUGAUAGAUUUGCAGGAAAGUGUAGCCUUUUAACUAAACUUGCUACUUUUGGUUUGUUGCAUUGGGCACGUUUAAAAAGUAGCUUUAUAUCUUAUUUAUAAAAGGAGCUAAAUACCUCAGCUUAAUUUUUCAGUGUGACAGUGCCGGAAAAAUGUGAAUGAGAUACUCCUCAUUCGUGUGUUAGAUGAUAGCAUUUUGUAUUUGCAAACCAUGUCAAACUGCAUUAGCAUGGAAAUGGUGAUUACAACUAAUAAUACAUGUACUAAUAAUACAGCACGUAUCAUUGCAACAUGUCUCACAAGCUGUGAACAGAACUGAGUGCCAAAGAUGAUUUGCCCCCUGAUUCUGCAUAGGAUCCAAAGGCAAUAACAAUAGUUGCAAUGGUCAAAAUCUGAGAAGAAAAAUUUGCCCAUAUUUAUUUAUUGUAACUGUGUUAAUGAUAAUGUGGAGUGUCACCACUUGGAAUGUAAUUUUGUAUUGGCUUCUUUUUUAAAAAAUAAAAAUGGGUUUGAAAAAGGUACUAUAGUCUGAUCUAAAUGUUUAAAGUCAUCCAUUUGAAAUAGCCUGGUAAGCAUGUUCUUCUACCACUCCUGUAUUUGCUGAAACUCUCAGACUGUUCCUUGAAUAUUGAAAGUUCCUCUUAAGCUUUAGAAAUUUAUUUUUCUGCUGACUAAUUUAGCUUACUCCACCAAACCCUUAUUUUCCCCUUUCUCUCACCUCCCUCCUGACCAAGAGGAAUAGGUAGCAACUGCUAACUAAUGAGUCUUUCUGGUGCCAGUGAAGGUUUUGAUUAUAUGCCCAGAUUCCAAAUAGAGCCCGUUUUGAUUUUCUUGUGAAUAGGAGAAGGAGAAAAUAAUGUAUUGGGGUCUCAUGUCCUGAGCUGAAUAGACAGAGGAGUAGUCUUGUUCCAGUUCAAUGACAGACACUCUUUUUUAAUUUUUUUUUUUAUUUUUCUGUGAAAAUAUUUCUGUCCUUAUUUGAAACAAUCAGACCAGAUGGGAAAAAAGCUGACAUUGCAGGUUUCAGAAUUGAUGAAGCCUGUGCCGGUUACAGCUGCUGUACCCUCCCCGUGCUGUGGGCUCAGGAGUUCUGCUCGUUUUUAGCACAGGGACAUUACAGGGACAAAGUACCCUGGGCUGCUGGUAGCCAAGAAGCUGAGGCCUUCAGUAAAAUGAAGAGCUGCAAAUGCCUGGCAUUUCAAAAUCAGGAGUUAAAUUCUUACUCUAGUUCCUUACUCUCCCCCAGAAUUUACAUGGGGAAAAAAAAAAUGAAACAAUACUAACCUGGACUGUAUCUACUCACCACUCACUUCUGGGCUGUUUGGCUUUCAAAAUUAUCUCCACAUCACACAGCCUUCCUUUUUCUGAAAUGAAGGCUGAGGUUUGCAAAUAAAUCACAUGACUUCCUGACAAAAAUAAUUACUGUGAGGUGGGUGACAAGCCAUUAGAUCAUGGUUACAAUUUGACUUUACAGUGUAAGGUGCUAGAGAAAUCUUCACUCAAAUGAAUGGUAACACCAGUGAUAGUACAAUUAUUUUCUAUUUCCUCGGCUGCUUCUAGAGAGUUGGUUAGACAUGUACUUCUUCAGAGAUCGGUCGUCUUAAAUAAACUUCUCAAAAUAAAUGCAGAUGGGUGUCUAAGUUGUUGAGGUUUGGCUUGGGGGAUAUAUACACCCUGGGAGAUAAAGUCAAGAUGGACCAUUCAGCCCUUAACCUUCCUUGUGAGACACUGAGAAGCAAGAAGACGCUAGUGUUAGUCGUGGUUUUGUGACAUGGGUCUGCUCUGGAAACUUUGGUUCAUUUUAAAGAGGAACCAAGCAGCUGUCAGAUGUUGCCAUCUUUCAGUCCUUAGCAACCAAUCAUAGAAGUCAAAUUCUCUUGUGUCAUUUUGCUCAAAGUCACGUCCUUUCACAUUUUUAAGGACUGCUACAGCAAGUUACGCCUACAUCGUUGGCCUAGGGAUUGGGUCUAUCUCAUGGAUGGACAUCUUCCAGCUCCACCAUGGUUUGUUUCUUCCCGUCUUCCUGCUGGAGGGAGAAGACAGAGGUGUUCAGGGAAGCAGACCUCUUGGGUCUAAUGUGGUUGCCACCUUGUGGCUCCAUGCCUAGGAGCAAGCCUCCCCGCUAUUCUGUGCCACAUCAGAGAAAUCCCAUGUCAUCUCACUUACCACCUGGCUGGUACUGCUCUGUCUCUCAUUUUGAAGCACAGCCAAGCAGAGAGACUGAGGUGAAAGCUGUGCAGAGCCCUCAGAAAGAAUGAUGUAUUUAAGUUAUUUUUCUUCUUCAUUUUAUCCAAGAACUCAAGAAAUCAAUACUCAGACGUUGCCUGAUUGAGAACUCUAGCAUCAUAGACUAGAUUUCUUGAUGCACGUGGAAGGGGCAUUGGAAAAAAUGUCAUCUGUGACCGAACGGCGACUCCCCUGGAUGCCUUUAGGAUGAUGACCGCGGCUCAUUAUUACCCAAAGCUCAUGAGUAUCAUGGGGAACGUUUUGCGCUUCCUGCCCGCUUUCGUGAAGAUGAAGCAGCUGAUCCAGGAGGGUUACGUAGGGGAGCUGCUGGUGUGUGAGGUGCAGGUUCACAGCGGAAGCCUGCUAGGCAAGAAGUACAACUGGAGCUGUGACGACCUGAUGGGAGGCGGGGGCUUGCACUCGGUUGGCACCUACAUCAUUGACCUUCUGACUUUCCUCACCAGCCAGAAGGCUGUGAAAGUGCACGGGUUGCUCAAGACCUUCGUGAAGCAGACGGACCACAUCAAGGGGAUACGGCAGAUCACCAGCGACGACUUCUGCACGUUUCAGAUGGUCCUGGAAGGCGGCGUGUGUUGCACGGUGACGCUGAACUUCAACGUCCCGGGGGAGUUCAAACAAGACAUUAUUGUGGUCGGUUCGGCAGGACGGCUGAUUGUAAUAGGCACUGAUCUCUACGGACAGAGCAACAGCUCUCCUCAGCGGGAGCUCCUGCUAAAGGACUCCACGCCAGUCAGCAACUCCUUACUUCCAGAGAAGGCCUUCAGUGACAUCCCAUCCCCCUACCUCCGCGGCACCAUUAAGAUGGUUCAAGCCGUCCGGCAGGCAUUUGAGGACCAGGACGACAGGCGGACCUGGGAUGGGAGGCCCCUCACGAUGGCUGCCACUUUUGACGACUGUCUGUAUGCCCUGUGUGUGGUGGACACGAUUAAAAAGUCAAACCAGUUGGGGGAGUGGCAGAACAUUUCAAUCAUGACUGAGGAGCCAGAACUGAGCCCAGCAUACUUAAUCAGCGAAGCCAUGCGGAAGAGCAGGAUGUCUCUGUACUGCUAGCUCCUCUCCGCUCCUAGGAAAGAAUAGGAACCAGACAGCUCUUGAAGGAAAUGGUAAUUCAGCCCCUGUGAAGGGCCUGGGCAUCUAAGAAACAGCUGAGGAUACGGGAGAAGGAAACACGGUGUUUGGAUCAACUAGAUCUGUUGGUGGCUAAAUGCCAAAGUGAUAAGGUCCUUAGAAAUGCCCGAAACAGAUAGGAGACUUAAGAGCUGACAUAACUUAACUGUUUUAAUAACAGUAUUGGCUGGCUGAUUGGAAAGAUAUAUCAUGGACUCAUCUCCUGCUUGCAGGUGCUUUAGAUUAUUCAAUUGUGUUUACUGUGAAAGGUUGGGAAGAUCCUUUUAGAUUUUCCUUACCUACCAGAGGGCUGUGAGAGUACUGUCAUGUCAUUAAGUUUUCUGUAGUGUCUUGACAUGAAUGGUUCCUACCGUGACAGCUGACGCCACCGUGCUGUAGUACUACACCUCUAACCAACACACAGAGUAACAGGACUUGGUGUGAAAGCGUCGCGUGAUAUGGGAAAUCUCAGCAGCUCACUUUUCAUACAGCUUGUUAGGAGCUUCUCUGUGUUGGUUUUGCUAGUUGUUUUUUGUUUGUUUUGUUUUGUUUCAUUUUGUUUAAAGCACAAUUGAGUAGGAAAAUAUGUGGCUUUUAAAACAAAGCAGUCCUCAACCACAGUGACUAUGCCCCGGUAUUGGAGGAGGGAGGGUCUUCUGUGAGCUCCUGGUAAGCUUCAGUGUUAACUGCACAGAUUUGCUGAUUGAAAUGGGUUGUGCAAAACCUUCAUGGAUGGCAAGUGACAUGCCACAGUAGUGAUGGGGUUUACUAUACAGCUGAACUCAGGCUAGUCUUAUGAAGGUUUACACACAAUUUCCUGUGUCUGGGACUGAAUUUUGAGUGAAUUCAUUGUGCAUUUUGGUUUUAGGUGGAAAACAGUAGAAAUCCAACCUGAAACCGUAUGAUGCUUAGACGGGCGGUGUUUUUUUAAACCUUUGUGAACUCACACUUGAGAGAUGCUGACCAACAAUUAAUUUCAUAUAGCUCAAGCCAGAAGCUUUCACUUCCGCUGAGUGGUGAGUGUGAGUGAAAAACAAAAGGGAUAAGAAAAUUUUCCGUCCAUUUCUAGGGGAAAAAAUUACCUAAGACCCGCACCUCUUCACCUCCUUCAAGUGGCCAGCUACUGGUACUGUAGUAAUUGUUCCCUGUCACCAGUACAGGGAUGGACAAACUCUUUUGAUAUGUUUGUCGUGUCCUUCUUUUUAAUGUUUUAGAUUGCAGUCUUGAAAUAAUAUAUUCUUGAAAGAAUAUGUUCUUGAAAGAAUAUAAUGAAAGGCACAUGAAUUAUCCCAGUAAACAGGGAUACUGCUGUUCUGCAUAAAGCUGCUCCAGUGCUCACGUGUUUACAGCACUAGGUCCUCAGAUAGGAAAAAGUAGAACACAAGCAUAUAGCACUAAAUUAGAUUAAACUUGAAAAAGAAAAACUGUUCAGGGUUUUUUGUUAAUUUUGACUAGGGGAAUGAAGAGAACAUUUGGAUGAGCGGUAGAUUAAAAGAGAAAGUAUGACCCUCUUUCUCAAGGCCAUCAGAAUAGCGUUGCCAUUUUAGGUUAGAAAGAGAACUGUCAGAAUAAUUCACAUUUUUUUUUGAAAAACACUUCAGAGGUUUGCUAUUUUUAGGAGCACUAAGGGCUUCUGUAGAGGCUUCUCCUACAAAUGACUCCAUCUGAUUGCUGUACGCUCCUGCCUGUCUUGCGGCCAGUUUUAGAGCUUUGUGGUUUUGAACAAGAGAGCAUCAAGAGUGUGGUUCAUCUCAUCUGGCUUUAGCCAGUUGAAAGUUGGGUAUCAGCUGUGCAAGGAGGGACACAAUAGUCAAUUCAGAGCGAGCUCCCCAAAUCCUAAGAUUAAUAUAGAAGGAGGUGCCCAUUGGAAAUUCCUGCCCUCCUCCUUUGCGGAGAAUCUUGGCUUCUAAAAUUUUUAGGUGGCUAAAGUUAGGAAACUUGACUCCCACCCCAAAAUUAUUAAUGUGUGCUUAAUAUUUGGAGAGCAUAUGUGUGACCUUUCAUGAAAUAUUCCCCAAAGUGUAAUACUGUGACUGAUGAAGGAGUAACGUAAUACUGCAAGACCGCACCCAAACAGAAUUGUUUCUAUCCUUGUUGUUCUGCCAGUUCUAGCAACUGUCUCUGGGGCUGACCGCUUCUGCUAAGACCUUGGCCAAGCUUGCAUCGUUCCUUCUUGGAAGCAGCCCGUGACAAGUUUGGACAUUUUUCCUAAAAAUUGAUUUCUUUGAGAAUUUCUGAGGUAGCAUCUGUGCCAACAGGAAUUUCCCAUUAUAAUUGUCGUGGUAUACCAUGCUAUCCAGUUCCUGCCCUGAAAAAUACACAGAGAAAUACAGAAGAGAGAAUUUGACCAAGAAAUCACCUCUCUCUCUCUCCCUCUCUCCUGAAAAAUGGAAUUAGCCCCCAAGGGGAUCAAGAGAGUUUUCAUAUAGUAAGGCAAAAGCCAUUUAUUGAAAAUAGUGGCUAGUUCAAGUAAUGAGUGCAAGCCCGGUGGAUAAUUAACCACGUCUAAUUAAACAUCAUCCAAAACUGGAACUAAACAUGGACUGAAAUGUUUGUGAGUCUUGCUUCUUAGUGGUCUGGCCAUUGUGCUGGAAUUGCUGUUCAUGUCUUUGCACCUCGUUCUGGUUCACAAAUGUUGAUGGUUUUUCCUAUCUUUAUUUUCCUUUCUUUUUCCCUGUGUCUUUCUGGGUUUUGUGAUGCCAGCUGGAAGAAGACACGCUGCAAUCCUGUUACCCACCCCUGCGGUGAACAGUCCCCAGGCAAGACACGGUGUAUAGGGAUAGCACUACUGAGCUAAAACCUUCCCAUCCUGGAUCUGAAGGUUUAGGUGACAGCCCUCCAUGCAGACUUACUGGUGCAGAUAGUGCUGCUUAGCAGAAAGAAAAGCCAGUGCUUUGGUGACGGAGCCAUCUGAUGUGCUGGUACUGGUACUGGCUUGCGAGUGGGUUGAAUCCUGUUACAGCUCGUUGCGCGACCACGGGGCUGGCCCCGGAGAGGGAGGCAGAAUGAGCGGGGCCGGGGUGGGACCUCCUCUUCUGAUGGCAACAGAGAUCUUGUGCUAGAUUUAGGUGAAGUUGUUACCUGCCUGGGGUGGCAGCAGUAACUGCAUACGUUUGGGACAGCGUGACAGUUUUUCCAUUCUCCAGGAGGUGAAGGUGCUCUAGUGUCCAAGUGUAAAGAUACUAAACUUCCUCCUGGCUCAGAGGAAGGGAUUGGUUUAUCUAUAGAAUGCGUAUUACUAUUCUGAUAAAUUGUUACUUUACAGUCUGGGAUCUUCCUUGGCAGCAUCGAGCCCUCUGCUCUUUUGGUACAGUUGAAAGUACAUUGAAUUGCCCUAAGAAGCCUCUGGAGUUCACGCUGGGUUUAAGAAUUUGGGCAGCAGAUAGCAGAGAUGUACUUGACUGAACUCAAAAGCGGUACCGCACCAGGAAACAUAUAUUUGGAAUUGCACUUUCAAUGCCAUCCUUUAAUGCUGUGCCACAAGGUUUGAGAUGAAUGCUGCUAGAAUUGGUGCAGGCCUAAUAGCCAAACUGUGGCUACUGCUGGAAUUUACAGUAGCGCCCAAAUGAGCUUGUUCAUACACUAGGUAAGAAACGUUCAUUCCUCUUUCCCAGGGCUGCUGUUGGAGAGGCUCUUUCCUUUGCCAUCAACCUGUGCACAUAGGAUACUGAACAUUAUGGUCUGUUGCCAAAGACAAAAAGAGCCAAAGGGGAGAGCCCAGGUGAAAUGCUCUGCUGCUCUGCAGUGUCUGUUCCAAUGCUGGGAUGGUCAGCUGAGAGAUAGGUCUUAUUUCCUGUGGGAAUUGCACUGGGGUCCACACCAGGGGUAGGGCAACCCUACGCCGUGUGGUAGCAGGGCACAACUAAAGUCCUGCCGUGUGCCCAAAGGGAGGGUGGUGACUGCAGCGGGGAGCGACAGGAAGGUGGGUCUGCAGUCUGGUACCUGUAUGUCUGCGUCACCAGGGAGAAUAUGCUGGUCGCACGGAGGGUGAGGGCUGUACCUCCUGAGGGUGAUAGCAGCAGCCUUGCUCCACCUCUGUGUUUGGGAGCCCGAGAAGGGACCCUGCCCUCAGGGAAGCAGCAUCCGUCCUGUCCUGCUAGAUCUGUGCAUGACCUCAGUGCUGAACUCAGCAAAGUCCUACGCGGAGGCAUAACAACUCUGCAAGAGCUUGGGGUUUCCUAUAUCUAAUAAUGUGCAUGUGUUAAAUUAGUAGUACUUUAGCUGUGUAGUUAGAAAAUACCAAGUAGAGAUUCUACGUCCUUACCCAUGCAGCCAAUAUGGCAGAGAAUCAGGGCGUGCAUCGACGCGUUCAGGCUCAGGAUGGGCUGCUGCAGAGUUCAUCCUUUGCUUUGGCUGAAAGCAUGAGAAAUUCCUGCCCAGCCAGCAUCGGGCAAUCAGAGGCACUCUCCACUUUGCACUUAGUGUCUCCUUUUUGUGGAUAGCUUUCAAACCAGUGACUGUACAAGCGAACAGCUGUCCUGGAAGUUCAGCCAUUCAAAAACAGAGGCUUUUCUCCUGCGGUGUAGUCACAGCGCAAGGACAAUUCAAUUUCUCUGUUACCUUGUUUGUUUCUGUGCCCAUACAAAUGUGGAAAAGACCCAGACAAUUUAAAAUGACUCAUUUCUCUACCAAAAAAAAAAAAAAAGCAGCAGAUUUAAUUUAAUGGGUGCAGCUAAACAUAGUAUCUUGAUGGUGUCUUUGCAGAGAUGCAGAAAUAACUGAAGACAAUUUCUUGUUGCUGGGAAUUUUUAUAUUUGACUUUUACCUAUGGCCUUCAGUAUAAAAUAUCACAAAUUACGAAGUCUAUUUGCUGUUAAGUUCUCUAUUUACAAGGGUUUAAAAGCACCCAGCAGACUUUCGGCUUUGUGCAGAAACUCAACACUGGUGUGAUGUUCCGGCGGGCCGGUGCUGUACCCCUUCAGUACGUAUGGAACUCAGCACGGGACUGUUUGGCCUCUGCAGCACUCUCUGGGUAUCUAGGACGAGUUGUGAAAUGGCAGGAUUAUUCCGGACAGCAGUUUCUUGUUGUUGUUGAAGUUGUUACUUGUGGGGAGCAAAGCUUGUAAAUUUUAGAGAUGAAGUAUGACUGAAUAAUAACUGGCAGUCUUAUCUCCUUUAAAAUUUCCUCUCUCUUGAGCUGCUGGAUGAAAUCUGUCCAAUAAAAAUAAUUUCCCCUUAACAGUAACUGCCCACUUCCAUUUGCUCAUGCAAAGAGGAAAUUUUAAGUAAAUGGGGCUAUACAUAAUGCUGCAUUCAUGAACCGAUGUCAUAACCUCAUGACUUACUGAAGCCAGAGCCCAGGCAGUUAAUGACUUUCUCGAAGCUGCCAAAUUGAAGCCUCGGGGUUGGAGAAUGAAGGGUAUCAGCUUAGGUCAAACUGAAAUAGCUUUUAUUCAGCAUUUUCAGUUAAAUGAAUAAACAGAAUGGCCAUGGUCAAUCCAAAACUCAACACAAAACAUGUUUGUAGAUUUUUUUCUUUUGGGAUUAAGUUCCAUUUAUAAGGAAUGCUGUUUUGAAAUGAAAAGUUUAAAAAAAAAUCCAUCUUUUUCUGUGUUUUGGCAUGCGUGAAAUUAACUGUUUGGGUUUGGGCGUGGGUUUUGCUGUUGUUUUUUUUUUUAAAAUUCAUACUUUAAAAAAUCCCAUCCAUUGGGUUCAGUGAACGUCCAUUAAGGACAUUGAGUGAAUUCAGCUGCCCUUGGGCAGGCUUGGCUCUGAACCUGCAGCCUCUCAGGGUCAUGCAGUGACCCCAUUUCUAGAACCUGAAUUUGGCUGCCUGGAUUUCAUUUUGUGUCUUCUUGUGGCAGUGGGAAAAGCGGUUCAUUACAUGGAGUUGGCUACAGAUAAUCAAGAUACUUUUUGCAGCAGUGCCAGCCAUCGUCUUUAACAGCACUUAACUCUGUUAACUUGUUUACUGUGGUUAUUUAUGACCUUCCAGCCAUGUGCUCUCCAUUACUUCUUUUUCUUUUUACUCCAGCGGCCGUCAGGCCUGCUUCCCUCCCCUUUCUGUUCCUCAUUCCAUUGCAAGCCACGAGGCGAGUCCUCCUUGUUUCCCACUGAGCUCGCGCUCCCUCUGUGUUACACGUGGCACGCGGGGUGGCCAGCCUACGACUUGAAGUAACUUUUAACGCAGAUUCGUUACAGAAUAUUGUUGACAUCGCAACCACUCGAGCACAUGGCAUACCAAAUGCCCAGCCAGGGCAGGAAUCAGAGCUCCCUGCUGUGCUGUGCUUCACAAGUGACACUCGCUGUUUCUCUCCGUGCUGGUUUUCUUUUCUUUGAUUUUGAAAACGAGAAUAUGUUCAGUUUGUUGCUGUGUCAACAUUAAGUAUAUAUUUAUUGUUUUUCAGACAUACAUACAUAUAUAUAAAUGCUAUAUAUAUAUAAUGUCAACGCAUGGACAUAUGUACAGUAGAUAUUUUAAAGAGCUAUUUAUCAAGAAAAGUAAGUGUUAUAAGUAAACAGAGUUUAUAUUUUAUAUAUUAUGUAGAUAGCAAAAAAAAAAAGUGGUUAAAUUAUAGUAAGACUUUUGGGGGCGGAGGGGUGGGAUUGGAAAAAUGGGUGAGGGCUGGUUCUAGCAUUUUAAAUAGCCAAACUACUUUGUACGGAAGCUGCCUGCUGUGCCUCUCGGCUGCAAUAUCUGUUUGUUUCUUCUUCUGGAAGAUGACGUGCAUUGUUACUUUUACAUUGCUUGGGGAAUGUAGUUAGUUUUAUUCUCAGCCAACUGGUAUGUGCUGCUUAAAACAUGGUUUCCUGCUGUUCUGCCUAUUUGCAUUGAUGGAAUAAAAGGAUCUUAACUGGCAAAUAAAGAUGUAAAAGGA